CUCAGCUCUUCCUGCGGCGGCCGCUCCGCCCGCAGCCGCGUGGGCAGAGCUCCCAGCCUCUCACCUGCGCGGGGCGGGCGGUGCCGGGAAGAGCCGGCGGAGCUGCAGGGGGAGGUGCCCGGAAAAGCCGGCUAGGCCGUCGGGGGAGGUGCCCGGAAGAGCCCAUUUCCUCCUCUCCAGUCGGGACGGGUGCGGCUCAGAGACAAAGCGGCUGCGGCGGUUCGGGGCUCAGGAUCCACCGGCGCCUCCUUCCCGUCCGGGACCCGCAGAAAUGACUACUGUUAAUGCAGGCAGUGUUAACUUCAAAUGGGAUCCCAAAAGUUUAGAGAUAAGAACACUGGCAGUUGAAAGACUAUUGGAGCCCCUGGUAACACAGGUUACAACACUAGUUAAUACCAGUAACAAGGGUCCUUCCAACAAAAAAAGAGGACGUUCUAAGAAAGCCCAUGUUUUGGCUGCAUCAGUUGAACAAGCAACAGAGAAUUUCUUGGAGAAGGGAGACAAAAUUGCAAAAGAGAGUCAGUUUCUUAAAGAGGAACUAGUGGCAGCUGUGGAAGAUGUUCGCAAGCAAGGUGACUCAAUGAAGAGUGCCUCAGGAGAGUUUGCAGAUGAUCCCUGCUCUUCAGUGAAACGAGGGAACAUGGUACGAGCAGCCCGUGCUCUCCUGUCUGCUGUUACCCGGCUGCUUAUCUUGGCUGACAUGGCGGAUGUCUACAAGCUACUUGUUCAGCUUAAAGUUGUGGAAGAAGGUAUCCUGAAAUUAAGAAAUGCAGGUACUGAACAGGAUUUAGGAAUACAAUACAAAGCGCUCAAACCAGAAGUGGAUAAGCUUAAUAUAAUGGCAGCCAAAAGACAGCAGGAAUUGAAAGAUGUGGGCCAUCGUGAUCAGAUGGCUGCAGCUAGAGGAAUUCUGCAGAAGAACAUUCCUAUACUUUACACUGCUUCUCAGGCCUGUCUGCAGCACCCAGAUGUAGCAGCUUACAAAGCCAACAGGGACUUGAUUUACAAACAACUGCAGCAGGCGGUCACAGGCAUCUCAAAUGCAGCCCAAGCCACAGCAUCUGAUGAUGCUGCCCAACAGCAAGGAGGAGGGGGAGAGCUGGCUUAUGCACUUAACAACUUUGAUAAACAAAUUAUUGUGGAUCCUUUGAGCUUCAGUGAGGAACGUUUUAGGCCUUCCCUGGAAGAGCGCCUGGAGAGCAUCAUUAGUGGAGCAGCCCUAAUGGCUGAUUCAUCCUGCACACGUGAUGACCGACGGGAACGCAUAGUUGCAGAGUGUAAUGCAGUGCGACAGGCCUUGCAGGAUCUACUUUCAGAGUACAUGGGGAAUGCUGGACGCAAAGAAAGAAGUGACGCGCUGAAUUCUGCAAUAGACAAAAUGACUAAAAAGACCAGGGACCUGCGUAGACAGCUCCGCAAAGCUGUUAUGGAUCAUGUGUCCGAUUCUUUUCUGGAAACCAACGUUCCACUUUUAGUGUUGAUUGAAGCUGCCAAGAAUGGGAAUGAAAAAGAAGUUAAGGAGUAUGCACAGGUUUUCCGUGAACAUGCCAAUAAGUUGAUUGAGGUUGCCAACUUGGCCUGUUCCAUCUCAAACAAUGAAGAAGGUGUGAAACUAGUUCGCAUGUCAGCAAGCCAGCUUGAAACUCUCUGUCCUCAGGUUAUCAAUGCUGCAUUGGCUCUGGCUGCCAAACCACAAAGUAAACUAGCGCAAGAAAACAUGGAUCUCUUCAAAGAACAAUGGGAAAAGCAAGUCCGUGUAUUGACAGAUGCUGUAGAUGACAUUACUUCCAUCGAUGACUUCCUGGCUGUUUCAGAGAAUCAUAUUUUAGAAGAUGUAAACAAAUGUGUCAUUGCUCUCCAAGAAAAAGAUGUUGAUGGUUUAGACCGAACAGCUGGUGCAAUUCGUGGACGUGCAGCUAGAGUCAUUCAUGUUGUAACUUCCGAAAUGGAUAACUAUGAACCUGGAGUCUACACAGAAAAGGUGCUGGAAGCAACAAAGUUGUUGUCCAAUACAGUUAUGCCCCGUUUUACUGAGCAAGUGGAAGCUGCUGUGGAAGCACUUAGUUCUGACCCUGCUCAGCCAAUGGAUGAAAACGAAUUUAUUGAUGCUUCACGAUUGGUGUAUGAUGGAAUUCGGGAUAUCAGAAAAGCUGUACUGAUGAUCAGAACUCCUGAAGAGUUGGAUGACUCUGAUUUUGAGACUGAAGACUUUGAUGUCAGAAGCAGAACAAGUGUUCAAACUGAAGACGAUCAGCUCAUUGCUGGCCAAAGUGCAAGAGCUAUCAUGGCUCAACUCCCUCAAGAGCAAAAAGCUAAAAUUGCUGAGCAAGUAGCAAGCUUCCAGGAAGAGAAGAGUAAAUUGGAUGCUGAAGUAUCAAAAUGGGAUGACAGCGGUAAUGAUAUUAUUGUAUUGGCAAAACAAAUGUGUAUGAUUAUGAUGGAAAUGACAGACUUCACCAGAGGUAAAGGACCACUAAAAAAUACAUCAGAUGUGAUUAGUGCUGCCAAGAAAAUUGCAGAGGCUGGGUCAAGGAUGGACAAGCUAGGACGGGCUAUUGCUGACCAUUGCCCCGAUUCUGCCUGCAAACAAGACCUUCUAGCCUAUCUACAGCGUAUUGCUUUAUACUGCCAUCAGUUGAACAUCUGUAGCAAAGUUAAGGCAGAAGUUCAAAACCUUGGAGGAGAACUGGUGGUCUCUGGGGUGGACAGUGCUAUGUCUCUGAUCCAGGCUGCAAAGAACCUGAUGAAUGCAGUGGUGCAAACUGUGAAGGCUUCCUAUGUGGCAUCUACUAAAUAUCAAAAGUCCCAAGGAAUGGCUUCCCUGAACCUUCCUGCUGUGUCUUGGAAAAUGAAGGCUCCAGAGAAGAAACCUCUGGUCAAGAGAGAGAAACAGGAUGAAACUCAAACCAAAAUCAAAAGAGCAUCCCAGAAGAAGCAUGUUAAUCCUGUGCAGGCUCUCAGCGAGUUCAAGGCAAUGGAGAGUAUUUAAAGAGAAGUUUUUCCACUACUGCUACUUCCAGAACUUUACUUUUAAUAUUCUAAGGAUUUCAAAAGUUUACUAUUCAUUAAAAUGUAUUUACUUAAUAUAAUUUGGAUAACUUUGUUUAGAUUACAUGGGGAAAUACUCCAAAUUUAUAAAUUCAAUCAAUACAACCUCAGUCUGCAAAUGUUUUAAUAUUAGGUUGCUUUUAGACUUCAGGGGCAUAUUUCUAGGUGACAAUUAUUUUGUAUAACUGUGCUAAACGAAAAUAUAUCCUAUAACCAAAGAAUCUUACAGUAACACUAAUCAUUAACCUUAAUAGUUGGAUCAUGUUAUGCCUUUCAGUGACUGCAGUUUUACAUUGUGAUCAAGAGGAAAACAUCACUCAAAAGAGAGAAUUAAAUUACUGAUGGGUGCAUUCAUGUGUUCACAUAUGGUGUGUGUAGGGGAUAAACUUUGUGUGUUAGAGUAUGAGGAUAGCAGGUGCUAGCUGUGCUUCUUAUACAAUAAGGCAGCAGUGGAAAAACAUCUGGGAAAGUAAUACACUGUUGCACACUUUUCUGACCUUUUGAUUUUUGGGUUUGAUUUUUCUUUUUUCAUUUGGAAUAGAACUUUUUGUUGCAUUUGUUUAAAAUUGCUGUUUUCCAAGAUACUACUUGAGCUGUGGGUAUUAGAGCUAUUUGACAGAAAAUGGUGAGUCAUGCCCAUUAGAGCAUCUUGAGGGUAAAGUAUUUUCUGGUUACUUUGCAAUAGGCCUUUUGUUAAGGGUUUUUCAUGUAUGUCUCUCCAGGAGGAGAACCCAUAAGAAAUUCAGUAAAACAUAUAAUGCAUCAUGGAGGAAACUGAUUACUUUUUUUAUGACACAAAAUGAGAAUUUUAAUGCUUGGUUACAAAUUACUAAUGUACUUUGCCGCAGGACACUAAUAAAGUUGCUUUAUCAGCUGG